GUUCGGCGGUGUUGGAGAUGCUCUUACGGAUGCGCUUUAAAUCUUUCCACACUACCUGUCUCAUGCUGGAUAAGAUAGAGACACAGCAAUCACACGUGGUGAAUGCCCCUUCUAGUUUGUCACCCGAAUACAUCUCUCUCGAUCCCUCAAAGAAGAAAGAUAAGUAGAAGACAGGGACAAAUAAUCAUUAAUCAAUCUCCGCCGCGUAAGGAGCCAUGGAUCCACCACAGCUCUGCGUCCAGGAGAGCGCCGUCGUAGCGCCCCCGCCCGCGCCGGAGACCUCCCUCCCGCUCACCUUCUUUGACGUCUACUGGCUCAACUCCCCGCCUGUGGAGCGCGUCUUCUUCUACAGCAUCACCCCCAACACCGGUGGCAAAGACGGCGUCUCCUCCGCCAUCCUCUCAACCCUCAGGACCUCGCUCGCCCAAGCCCUUCGCGCCUACUUCCCGCUCGCCGGCCGCCUCCGCCUCACGCCCGGCACGGCCGAUCGCUACGAGCUCCACUACCAGCCCGGCGACGGCGUCGCCUUCACCGUCGCCGAGUACGCCGUCGACGUCGACGAGCUGGCCGCCGACGGGCCGAGGGAGGUCGCCAGGAUCUUGCCGCUCGUGCCGCCUCUCUCGACGGGGGUUGGCCCGGUGCUCGCCCUCCAGGCCACCGUGCUCCGCGGCGGCCUCGCCGUUGGCAUCUCCCUGCACCAUGCCGCCUGCGACGGUGCCUCCUGCACGCGCUUCCUACACGCCUGGGCCGCCGCAAGCAGCGGCGCCGCCGCGCCUCCUCCCCCGGUCAUCGACAGAAGUCUCGUUACCAAGGACCCGAGCUCCCGCCACAUCUACGACAUCUACGUCGGAGACCUCAUGAGCACCGAGGAGAUGGAGUACGUCAAGAUGUCCAGCGACAAGCUCCUCGCCACCUUCACGCUCUCGAGGAAAGACAUCCAGCGCGUCAAGGACGUCGUGGCCGCCGCCGCCGGCGAGGCGGGCGCACCGCUGCCGCGAUGCUCUUCCCUCGUCGCCACCUUCGGCCUCAUCUGGUCCUGCUGCCAGCGAGCCAAAGACGACGACGAAGCAAGCAGCGGCGACCCAACCUACAUCCUCUUCCCCAUCGACCACCGCCCGCGGAUGAAGCCCGACCCCAUCCCGGACGAGUACCUCGGCAACUGCAUCGGUGCCGCCCUGCACGCCGCGCCCAAGGACCAGCUCACGGCGGCCGGUGCCGGUGGCAUCCUCGUCGCGUGCACGGCUGUAGCCGCGGCCAUCGAGGAGGCGAUGGGCCACACCGCGUCGCCCGAGAAGAUGGAGUCGUGGCCGAAGAAGAUUCUAGAGGCCGUCGCGACCGGUGGCGGUGUGCUGAGCGUGGCGGGGUCGCCGAGGUUCAGGGUCUACGACGUCGAUUUCGGGUUUGGGCGGCCGGCCAAGGUGGAGAUCGUGUCCGUGGCGAGGACCGGCGCGAUGGCGCUGGCAGAGAGCCGCCGGAGCAGCGCCGGGGGCGUCAUGGAAGUGGGCAUCUCUCUACCGCCGGCUGGCAUGCAGAGGUUCCAAAAGUACUUCGACGAUGCCAUUUCGUGGCUUCAUCACCACUAAACAGGCUAUAAUAUACUCGCUCUGCUCCCAAUUACUACUUUGCCUUAUAGUUACCUAUACAAAUUUCAGUGUUAGAUUCGUAUCUGGACAAAUCUAGAACGGAGUUAAUACUGAGUCUUAUAUGUAUUGUAAAUUUGAAAUUUGUAUUUUUGAAAUCACUCAAUUAUUUGGAAUGGUAGAGAGGUUGAGACGGGGGCGAUGUGGCAGGUCCUUGUCGGAGAUGGGGAUGAUGACGCCGCUAUCGCAUGCGAGGACCAUGGUUCACAAGUUCGUGAGGAUUUUUUUUAGGCUGAUCGUAAUGACAGGCACCAAGCCCGAGCAUGGGACGAUGUAUCGGAGCUUAAGGAGAGGAAAAAGGUUGUCGGUUCAGGCCAGGGGAGCUUAUUGGUUAAUAUUUAUGGCUACAUGAGGAAUAUGAACAACAAUCGUUGGAUUUGAAUUCCAACAACUAGAAGUCGACCGAGCAUGUAUGAUCAUUGUAAAAUGGACGGAGUAAUAUAGUCAUAGAUGGCGGUAGCCCUUUUAGUA